AGAAUAAGAUGGGUCAAUGUGGUCGCCAACAUCUCCAGAAGAUAGGCACUUUUAGAAGAAGAAGCUAGUAUGUUCUCCGACCCGGAUGCUUUGUUGUUCUUCAUGGAUUUAGGUGCUUGUUUUAUUUGUUUUUCUUCCACGUUUACAUAUUCGCCGUGUACUCAGUGUAACAGUCGCCGUGUACAGUGUUAUAGAUAUCUCUGUCUUCAUUUAGUUCCCUUGCGUAAUGCUCAUUCCAUGCAUCUAUCUGGAUGGGCUUUUGUUUGAUGUGUCGGUUUUCAAGGUUUUUAUUAAUUUCCAAGCCGCUGAUGAUCGCGCUCCUCCGAUGUAACAGUCAACUUCUUUACAUUUUGCAUCCCAUGUUUCGUUUUUGUUGUUCCUUGUCAUUUCUUUAAAUAUUCUUUGUUGAUCGUUGUAGGUAUAUCACUUUAUCUUCAGGGUUCUUAGUGUUCAGCCAUCUUUUGCUUUUGUACGCUUCCUGUUUCUUAUUUCUUUGCUCUUACAACUGUGUAUUCCAAGUGAUUUUUCCCGCUGAUCUGUGGACUGUACUGGUCUCUUCGCCUAGAGCUUCUUGUGCAAGUUUGAAAUUCAAAUUCAGAGGAUCAAAAUAAAUGAGAAUACCGAAUACCUACACUCCGAAGCUAUGUGAACUUUGAUUGGCCGCAAAUCAGCCCUGGCCUCUAGACGAUUUCAUAAUAUUUUGCAAACACUUUCAUUCAUUAACCAGUUUGCAAAAAGUAAUUUUGUUUACACUUGUUUUAACACUAACCUUGAUAACGUCAUUUUUGAAAUUUCAACGAUCAACAAACUCGCAGCUAUAUAAUGAAAGUACGGCGCUGAUGUUGAAGUUAUUUUUAAUUUGAGAAGAAAAGGAAAGAGACUUGGAAUAUCUAGUCCGCAGUUUUACUGAUACACAAAGUCGAAGUUAUUUUAACCAUUAAGUGAAGUGUUGGAUUAUUUCAUUUACUAAAUUACAAAUUACUUAUUAAUAAAUAGUAUGUAUUAUUGUUGUUAUUAUAUUGUUGUUGUUAUUAAACAUUUGAACGUUAUGCUAAAGAAACUGUCAUGUCAAAUGGAUUGUUGUUGGUUAAUAAUAAUAAUAAAGAAAAGGCAAUCAGUUCAGAUAAGGAGCAUUAUAAAAUUUCGAUGCUUAAAUUACUUCAAUGUCUUGUUUGUUACACAUGUCUUGUAGAGUAGUAUUUAUUCGUGGUGGAGUAUUUAGUUCCGGAAGCCCGAUUCUUGGUAAUGUAAUAGUGCAAUCUGCCGGGAAUGUGGAAGAUAUUACUUGCCGACUGCUUCGGAUUGAAGAGACUCACUGGGGCGUUAAUCAUGGUGUGCACAAAUUUGUUCUUAAAGAAAUAAAACUUACAAAAGUAUUACGAUUUAACGUUGGAGACCUCAUCUUUCCUUUUAAAUUUAAUUUACCAAGUUCCGGUAUUCCCUCAUCUUACACACACAAGAAUGGAACCGUAAAGUACUUUGUAUCAGUUCUGAUUCGGGGUCCUGUUUUUUCCGAGCUGACUGCAAUGGAACAACUACAAGUCAAUGCUACUAUUGAUAUUGUUCAGCGACCAAAGGUUCCUCUUUACGCUCAUGCUGAACAAGAAUCCGAGUUUUGUUUUUGUUAUACUUUCCACGAUGACAUGAAUUUAACAGCAAGUCUGGAAGAUGAUACGUUUUUCUUAGGUGAAACAAUGAUCAUAAGGGUUGAUAUUGGUGAUGAAGGUCCCAGCGAAAAUGUCGAAAUAACUGCACAAUUAUUUUUGCGUACUCGCUUUACAGCCCUACAGCCUAAAGUCAAGUACAACUAUGAAGAUAAACUAGUGCCUAAAGCUAGUGCAAAGGGCAUAAGUUCGAGAGCUCAAAAAACUAUUUAUUUGCAAUUACAAAUUCCAGCACAAAUGAAGAUUCCAAACUUUUGGGGAUGUAAAUUAUUUUAUCAUUUUUAUUAUCUGCAGGUGCAAGCUGUGCUUGGAAAUAGAAGAAACAUAGUUCUAAAUAUUGAAGAUAUUCAUGUAUGCCAUAGAAGAAUUAUUUCAAAUGAGAUAGGCUUUGCACAAGAUGUCGUUCCUUCGUACAUUGCUCCUGAACUGGAUUUAGGCUUUCCUUUGGUUCCUGUCGCACAAGCUCCGUCAGGUGCGUACCCUCCUACUACCGUGAAUGCGCCUUAUCCUUUGGGAUUCUCUUCACAUCCUCUCUAUCCAAGGCACACAAAUACAAUCAAUAUGCCACUUCCAGUACUACCUCCUCCACCAUUUUUAAGUAUCAACAGAAAUGGAUCGAUGAACAGAAACUCUGGACACCGUCCAUAUUCUUCAAGUUAUCCGACUGAAAGAAGAACGAUCACUGCACCUUUGGCUGUUCAAGAAAAUUUUACAGCGACUAAUGGUACGACGCACGAUAACUCAUCGGGACUUCCAUCUUAUGAUGAAGUUAUGAAAGAACAACAUUCUUGACAUUAAAUCUUAGAAAUUUAGCAAAAAACAAUUUUAUUAAAUCAUAAAAGAAUAAAUGAGAAACGGACAUCAGUCACGAGCUUCCUCUUCUUCAAGUUCCAUCUUCUAUCGAAGGUUGGAAAUCAUCAUGGCAAUGCGGACCCUGUUGAUUACCGCUCUAUUUAGCUCUGCACUACUGUAUUCAAACCAUUCCCUCAAGUUCUUAAACCAGGAUAUUCUUCGUAACGAGUUAUAUGCACAAAACAUAUACCAGAAUCCCGACAGACCAAAAUCCUGACAUGCAACAAUCCUCGCAAAAGUAAAAAUUCCGACCACUACAUUUUGAAUAUUUAUUGUUUCCUUUUCAAAUGAAAUACCAAAUCAUAUUAUAGAGUAUAGAGUAUUGAAAUUGAAAAAUUAUUACUUACUAAUAAGUACGGGUACUAAUUAUUAUGUAUUUUAAAAGAAAAAAUUAUUUAAACACUUCAUUUUUAUUAUUAAUUUUAUAUCUAUAAUAUAAAAGCUAUACUUACUGAAAUAUAAGGUUGUAAGUGACAUGAUAAUAUCUAUUAUGUGAGAGUAAACUUAAAUUCAGGAUUUGAUUAUACAUAUAUUAUUGGACUAUAUAUUGGCAAAAUAAAAAUAAUUUAAUUCAUAUACCCAUGUUAGAAAUUUUAUUUAGAAAAUUAGUUCAUAUUAAAUGGUAAAUACUUUUGUUUAGUAACAAAAAAUAAAAAAAAUGGCCAUAAACAAAAAACAAGAAAUAAAUGUAAUUAUAUGGUAAAAAAGAAACUUAUCAAACCUGUCGGAAUUCUGGCCUGUCAGGAUUUUGGCCGUCGGGAUUGUGGCUGUCGGGAUUUUUUCUGUCGGGAUUUUCGGAAUCAAACUGUCGGAAUCAAACAGUUUCCCGCACAAAUCUUCAUUAGACAAUGCGCUCUCUUGUCACUUAAAUCACUCUUGGAAUAAGUGAUAUGACGUACAGUGGGAAAAAUGAAAGAAUCCCCAUGAACGAACAUAUAAAACACGCUGUAUUUUCCUGUCACCGUGUCACAAAGAAAAUUGCCCAGCUCAAGUACAUGUAAUAAUAAUAAUUACAUGUACUUGCGCUGGCCAAUUUUUUGUGUAACACGGUGACAGAAAAAUACAGCGUGUUUUAUAUGUUCGUUCAUUCUUUCAUUUUCCGACUGUAUAUGUUAUUUUAUCGAUCUAAUUACUAAGGUCGUAUGUGUAAAAGAAUAGUCGAAGACUCUCAUCAUCAUCAUCAUCAAUCAGCCCUUUGCAUCCACUGCUGUAUAUAGGCCUCCCCUAUUUCCGUCUACUGUCUUCUGUCCUGAGCACUUAGAAUCCAAUUAGUGCUCAUUAUUUUUCUAUCGUCCGUCCAUCGCGUGGAUGGCCUUCCUCUACUUCUUUUAUGGGCUCUUGGUCUCCACCCGAGCAACCUCUUUGUCCAUCUCCCAUCUGUCAGACGGGCCAUAUGACCGGCCCAGUUCCAUUUAAGUUUAGCCACCUGACAUACAACAUCUGUGACUCCUGUUCUCAAUCGUAGUUCUUCGUUUGUUAUAUGGUCCCGCAAUGACCCAGCGGAGUCCGGACAAAUAAUCCCGGACAAAAAAUCCCCACAAAUUAUCCCUUGACAAAAAAAUUCCCGGACAAAACAUCCCCGGACAAAAAAAUCCCCACAAAAAAUCCCGGACAAAUAAUCCCCACAAAUUUUUUUGGGCAAAAUAUCCCCUCAAAAAAUCCCCAAAAAAUAUUUGCUGCCGAAUAGCUCUCUAAAAGUUUUGAAUUCCAAUUCCAUACUGAAAACUUCAAAUUUUACAUGACAAACGACUGUGAGUUUUUUCAAAAAUCGUGGAAGAUAUGGGGAAUGAGCUAAGACCCCAUUCUGAUAACCUAAAACGCACGUUAGCAUGUGAACGGUCUUCAGUAAAAUGUAUGUUACCUAGUUGUAAUUGCGCGUUAUCAAAACGCGUGUUAAUCGCCUGUCAUCAGAACGGGGCCUUAGCUCAUUCCCCAUAUUUUCCACGAUUUUUGAAAAAACUGACACUCUUUUGUCAUGUAAAAUUUGAAGUUUUCAGCAAGGAAUUGGAAUUCGAAAUUUGGUAAAAUUUCGGGAAAACUUUUAGAGAGCUAUUCGGCAGCAAAUAUUUCUUGGGGAUUUUUUGUCCGGGAUUUUUUGUCCGGGGAUUAUUUGUCCGGGGAUUUUUUGUCCGGGGAUUUUUUGUCCAUGGAUAAUUUGUGGGGAUUUUUUGUCCGGGAUUAUUUGUCCGGGGAUUAUUUGUCCUAGCUUCGAGUUUCUGCACCAUAGCUCAUAGGUCAUGUAGUCGAGGAAAUAAAGCUGGAAAAAUGGCAAAACCUCGCAAUUUUUUCGUCCAGCAUCGAUUUGUACAAAAAUUUGGGAUUAGGCUGAUUUCACCCUCUAGUUCAUUUUCUAUAUUGAGCCGUUGUACGCUUUUGGUUUUUUAAGGGUGAAAACCACCCCUAAUUGUAAAAAAUUAUAAAAUAACAUUUUAAACUUUAAUAUUGUUAACAUUUGCUUCUUAUUAGUUACAUAAUGAUUAUUUUGUGCUUUAAGAUAUAAUAUCACAAUAUUUCAACCCUUAAAACCACCCUUGUUGGAGCUAUAUAUGAAAAGUAUACUUAUCCUAAAAGAAUAAUUUCGACUUGCAUCAAUUUACAUAAAAAUUUGGGGUUAGGAUCAUCUUACCCUGUACUUCAUAUUCUAUAUCAUGCUCAAGGGCGUUGAUUAUUUUUAGGGGUGUAAACUACCCUUAUUGUUAAAAGAUAUAUAAAAACAUUGUAAACUUUAAUAUAGGUAAAAUUUGGUUUUGACUGGUUAAAUAAUGAUUGUUUUAUGUAUGCUUUAGGAUAUAAUAUCAUAAUAUUUCAACCCUUAAAAACCCCCCAUAAUACCAUUGCAAUUUUUAUAAGUAGACAAUUUAAUAGAUCUAUACAGAAAAAAAAGUAGAAUUAAAGAAUUACAAAAACAUUUAUUUACACAAAAAUACGAAUUUACAAAUAUAUAAAAAUACACAUACAAAUAGUUUUUUAGUCAUCCAGUAUACGAACCGGCUCUGUGGUAUUAUAUAGGUACAUUGAAAAUGCUCUAUAAGGGGACUAUUCGAAUUUUUCAAAAAAAAAAAAAUAGUUUUAUAAACAUAGCUCCUUCAUUUUUGGCGAUAAAAAGUUUUUUCAAUAAUAGUUUUGUAGAAUUUUUGAAGAGUAAUAAGAUUGUGUAAAUUGAAUUUCGUAAGAUCCCUUAAUUUUUAAUUGAGGUGGGUUUAAAGGGCUCGAAUAAGGGGAUGUUUGCUCGUAAAUAGAUGUUUUAAACAGCUAUGUCUUGCUAACUGUUCGCUGUAAUGAAAAUCUAUGCAUAAGAAAAUUUUAGCUAUUAAAAAAGCUACAAUUUAGUAAUCUAUCAUUUUUUUCGUAUCUCCAGUAGUUUUGGAGAUAUUUUGAAGAAAAUGAUAAAAAAUGCAAAAUUGCAAAAAAUCUAUUUUUCUUUAAACUCCAUUUUUUUUAAAAUUAGGCCUUUGAAAUAGAUCAAACUUCUUGGGUGUAUUGAUAAUAUAAAUAUAAAAGGAAUUACAUAAAGGUGAAGACCAAUUUUUAGUUACAAGGGUAGUAAGGGGGUUUUUUCACUAUUUUUUUCGUAGGGAAAAACAGGUACCGACAUUUUUUUGAUCAUAAGUUGCUCAAUUUUAAUGCUAGAAACUUUCUAUUAUUUUUUUAAAGAUCUUAUUGUAUUCUUGAAAAAAAAUUAUGUAAGUUUUCCUCAAAAAAUGCAAAGUUUUCCUGUUAUUUGGCUUUGAUUAUUUCAAAUUAUGCAUUUGACGAAAAAAGCUAACCUUUAACAUGCCGUAUCUCGGUUUGUAUUGGUCGUAAAAAUAUUAUAGAAAAAUAGUUUCGUUUGUGUUACUAAAAGAUACAAUUUUGAUAUCUACAGUUUUUUUGAUUAAAUGCAUAUUUUUCGAGUUAUUCUCAAAAAAACCCUCUAAAAAAGUCGAUUUUUUCGUCGAAAAACUGUUACUUUCAACCACGAAUAACUCGAAAAAUAUUAGUUUUACGAAGAAAAUGUAAAACACAUUUUUUUCUUAAAAAUACUUUUUACAUCGAUUUGCAUGGUUAAAAUGUAAUAAAAAAUUCCCACCCCCGAGAUGGUGUGGCAACUACCCCCAAGGUUUUAGCGUACAACAGCAUGAUAUAGAAAAUGAUCCUUGGACUAUUUCCUAUCUUCUGUAAAAAUUUCAAGUAAAUACAUGCUGGACGAAAAAAUUGCAAGCCAAAAUGCUUCAUUUCCUCGACUAAUGAGUCAUGCUUCGUUUCAAUUCGCAUGUUUGAUUGUCUCUCGUGAUUCGUAUUUCAUGACCAAAAUAUGUGUAUUUUCCGCAAACUCCAUUUCGUAGUCGUUAAUGACAAUGUUUUCACUGGGGACUAGGUUUGUUAUUAGCUUUGUCUUAGAUAUUUUCAUUUUUAACUUAAAGUAAGAGCACACUUCUUGAAGGUCUUGCAACAUUAGAAGACUCUACAGUGAUUUUUUUUGUAAGAUUUUUUAUGUUUGUAGAUUUUUUAAUAUAUUUAUAAAUUUAUUAGGCUGAUUGUAUCAGCAAAAGUUACUUUUAUAAAGUCUUUAAAAUUUAUUUCUAAUAAACAGAAUUAAAAUUGUA